AUGCGCGAGUUUAUGGACUAUGUCCAAAGCGCCUUCUACCAAGCUACGGGCUGGAACCGCGACAACUCGUAUGCGGCGCUGAAUUCGACCUCUGAUGCUCUCUUGAACUUCCAGACCCCGCGCGGUCUGCGCCUCACUCUCUCUGCGCUCGCGAGCCCGAACUUUGCAACAUCAUACCAGCUGGGUUCCGUCGGCAUUGUCGAUGGCUCAAUCUCGUACCUCUUCUCAUCGGUCCCGCUCCAGGUCCUCUUGACACCGCAGUCAGAGACCGUGCCCCUGCCAGCGCUCCUACGCUCAUACCGGCCGCUUACCGAGCUCCCUCGACGAACCGACCCGGGCCUCCAGACCCCACAGGACAGGCCCGAACCGUCGCUCCUCUAUGGCCGGCUAUACUUGCCCCAGUCCAUGCUGGAAGCGAUGGUGGUCAAACGGGUAUCACCUGCCUUGCAACUCCAGCUGAGCUCGGUAUCAGCCCAGCAUCUUAGAAAUGGAGGCACCGUGCUGGGAUUGGCGCAGUAUGACGUGGGCAAGUACGCCCUCGAAGGGCUAGCAUCCUCCGAUGGAGGAUUUUUGGGAAUCCGAGGCGUGUACAAUUUCGGCGGCGAUGCCGACAUGCGACCUCCACCAAGUCCCACCGAUAAUGAAAAUGGCGAUAGGGAGAGGAUAUAUGGCCGGUUCAGCACAGGUGGAGAAUUCUAUUACGGCAUCCUGAACAAGUCUGGUGGGAUCAGUCUGGGAACCAGGUUUGCGACGCUGCCGUCCCAUACGGGCACGCCGUUGUCCGCGACCCUUACCCUUAACCCCCUGAUGGGUAACAUCAGUGCUAGCUACGCGGUUGUAGCUGGAAAGCAUUGCAGCCUGGCCACGAGGAUGGAGUUCAACGUAUUCAGCUACGAGAGCGCGUGGGCUCUUGGCAUGGAGCUCUGGCGGAAACCAUUCGUGAGGCCGGUCGCUGAUGAUGACAACACGAAGCAGACCAACACGAAGCAGACCAACACGGAGCAGACCAACGCGGAGCAGACUGUUCAAAAGAAGGAGCGCAGCUUUCAAGCGAAAUUGGAGUGGCGGCUGGAUGACCCAGAACCGGUCAUCGUGCCAACUCCUGCUCCCACACCGAUCAACCCUGAUGAACUUGGCGAGGAGAAUAAACCCGGCGAAGAGAAGUACGCCGGCGUACUCAAGACGCGACUGGAUCAGAAUCUCCGCAUCGGGGUUCUCUGGGAGGGGCGUGUCAAGUCGCUCCUCUUCAGCUUGGGAAGCGGAAUCGACCUAAGGAAAUUGGACAAGCCGUUCAGGACGCUUGGGUUAGAAAUCCAGUUCUCGUCAUGA